GACAUUCAGUCACAGAGAGCAAGAAGUGUGAAUGAGUUAGGCAUUAGGCAGAGUGAGAAAGGGAGAUUUGGAAAGUAAUAGCAGGAUUUCUAUUUCAUAUUGCUUGAAAGUAGGAAAAGAGAUUACAACAUACCCGGGAGAGAGAAAAGAAAGGGAGAGUACUCUAUAAUUUCUUUUUUAGACGGGUUUGCCAUACUUCUCCACCCGAGCAAAGAGGUAUAGUGCACUUUGUGGAUUUUUCUUUAAGAAAAGUCGCCUGUAAUUACGCACAAAUCUUUUACACGUGGUGUAUUGGAAACUCCACGCUAAAUAAUUCUUAAUACAUGCAUUUCGGUGUUUUUUUAAAUGCAAAAGUUUCCUUUUUUGUUCAGCGCUGUUUCAGGGACAUUGAGGACAACGGGUUGCAAUGAUAAGGAUUUUGGUAACGUGCGUCUCCAUGGUGUCCAUCAUCGGGAUGGUGGCCGGUGUUCGUAGUGGAUACGGAAUGAGUAUGUUCGCGGCUCAAUCCUCUCCUCCGGACCCGUGUUACGACGAGAACGGAAACCCCAGACGCUGCAUCCCCGACUUUGUGAACUCCGCGUUCGGAAAGGACGUGCGCGUGUCCAGCACCUGCGGCGCUCCUGCGACGCGCUACUGCGUGGUGACCGAGAAGGGCGAGGAAAGAUCGAGGGACUGCAACAUCUGCGACGCCACGGACCCCAAGAAGUCGCAUCCACCCGCGUACCUGACAGACCUCAACAACCCUCACAACCUCACCUGCUGGCAGUCGGACAACUACGUGCAAUACCCGCAAAAUGUGACUUUGACGCUGUCCUUGGGGAAGAAGUUCGAGGUAACUUACGUGAGCCUCCAGUUCUGCUCUCCUCGCCCUGAAUCCAUGGCCAUCUUCAAGUCCAUGGAUUACGGAAAAACCUGGGUGCCGUUUCAGUUCUACUCAACCCAGUGCAAGAGAAUGUACAACAAACCAAGCAAAGCUGCGAUCACCAAGCAGAACGAGCAGGAAGCGAUCUGCACGGACUCGCACACGGACAUGCAGCCGUUAACAGGUGGGCUCAUCGCGUUCAGCACGCUGGAUGGCAGACCCUCCGCGCAUGACUUCGACAACUCUCCCGUUCUGCAGGACUGGGUCACGGCCACCGAUAUCAAAGUGACCUUCAACCGGCUGCACACGUUCGGGGACGAGAACGAGGAUGACUCGGAGCUCGCCAGGGACUCGUAUUUUUACGCCGUGUCUGACCUGCAGGUCGGCGGUCGGUGUAAGUGUAACGGGCACGCAUCGAAGUGCGUAAAGGACCGAGAAGGGAACCUAGUGUGCGAGUGCAAGCACAACACGGCGGGACCGGAGUGUGACAGGUGUAAGCCGUUCCACUACGACCGUCCGUGGCAGCGCGCGACGGCCAGAGAGGCCAACGAGUGUGUCGCCUGUCACUGUAACCUACAUGCCCGCCGCUGCCGCUUCAACAUGGAGCUGUAUAAGCUAUCGGGCCGCAGGAGUGGAGGAGUCUGUCUCAACUGCAGACACAACACAGCCGGGCGCCACUGCCACUACUGUAAAGAGGGCUACUACAGAGACAUGACCAAGGCCAUCUCACACAGACGCGCAUGCAAAGCUUGUGAUUGUCAUCCGGUUGGUGCAGCUGGUAAGACCUGUAACCAGACGACCGGACAGUGCCCAUGCAAAGAUGGUGUGACUGGCAUCACCUGCAACCGCUGCGCUAAAGGAUACCAGCAAAGCAGAUCACCUAUCGCCCCCUGUAUCAAGAUUCCUGUUGCUGCACCAACAGUCACCUACAGCAGUUCACAAGAGCCCACAGACUGUGACUCCCACUGUAAGACUCCCAAGGGCAAGAUGAAGGUUACCAUGAAAAAAUACUGCAAAAAAGAUUAUGCUGUCCAAGUUCACGUGCUGAAAGGAGAUCAGACGGGCGAGUGGUGGAAAUUCACCAUCAACAUCAUAUCCGUCUAUAAGCAGCGUGGACAUCGCAUUCGCAGAGGAGACCAGCUCCUGUGGAUCCGUGCCAAAGACGUGGCCUGCAAGUGUCCCAAAAUUAAACCCGGGAGGAAGUACCUGCUGAUGGGCUCUGACAACGAGGACUCGCGCGGUCAGAGCGGCGUGGUGGCAGACAAGGGCAGCCUGCUCAUCCCGUGGAAGGACCUGUGGGCCCGUCGGCUCAGGAAAUUUCAGCAACGUGUCAAGAGGGGCAAGUGUUAGAAAACAAAAAAAUGGAGGAAAAAACGAGAGAUUUAAGAACUGGAGAGAAGGAAAGAAAAAUAAUGACCCGAGCAACGUCGGAGCAGAUUGAUUGACGAUUGAUCAGAACUGUGGUGAAGGACAACCAGAUGUGCAGUUUUGCCUUCCGUUGUUUAGCGUGUUUUUUUCCCCCCGUCAAGAUUUUAUUUUUUCAUAUCUUCAAUUUUGCUGAAUUUGCACCUACUAUUAAGUAUACAUAUGUAAAGUGGUUUAUGUGUGAUCCUUUCUGGUGUCUCUUUAUAAAGGAUAAAAAAAAGAAAAAGAUACAAGCUACUGAGUCAGUUUAUCUAUGUGAAUGUUUUCCUGAAGAAGAAAUGUGUUGGCGGUCGACAUUUCAAAGAACUAACAGUGGGAUCUAAAAGUCUGAGACACUUUGAAAGUCUGGAUUUAAGACAGAAAGUUGUAGAAUUUUGAAA